UCACCUCAAGCUAUGAGUUUUCCAAGGCAUAUUUGGUACUAUCGGAAGUUGAUAAUUAUUUUAUUCUUUCCACUGUUAUUCCUGCCGUUGCCUCUCAUCACCAAGACUAAAGAGUCUGAAUGUGCUUUUACAAUGCUUGUGGUGGCGAUCUAUUGGCUAACGGAAGCAAUGCCUCUUUCUGUAACAGCUUUACUCCCAGCACUCAUGUUUCCACUCUUUGGCAUCAUGAAGUCCUCAGAAGUUGCAUCUGUCUACUUCAAAGAUUUCCAUGUCUUGUUAAUUGGCGUUAUUUGCUUGGCCACUUCUAUUGAAAAAUGGAAUCUACACAAGAGAAUAGCCCUGAGGAUGGUGAUCAUAAUGGGAGUCAAUCCUGGACGGCUAAUGAUGGGAUUUAUGCUCAGUUGUGUCUUCCUCUCAAUGUGGCUUAGUAACACCUCCACUGCGGCCAUGGUAAUGCCAAUUGUUGAGGCCGUUCUUCAACAGAUUAUGAAUGCAGAAGCAGUGACGGAUGUCACUCAAAACACUAUGAAUGGAUUCACUAACCAAGCCUUGGAACUGCAUGAGAAAGAAUCUGUAAUGAAGAAGUUGGAAGAAAAAGGACAAAUCGAACUUGAGUGCUGCAAAGAGGAAAUAGUAAAGGAAAAAGAAAAUGAACAAAUGAAACAAAAAAACAAGGGAAUGAAUGGAUAUUGCCCUGAUGGAGAUAUUCAAGCAAGCAAAGUAGAACCAGAUGAGGCUAUGAAAGAAGAAGCCGUCAGCAAAUACAAAAGUGAGAAAGAUCAUAACUUAUGCAAAGGAAUGUGUCUCUGCAUUGCUUAUUCUUCCACUAUUGGAGGAUUAACUACUAUUACUGGCACCUCAACCAACCUUAUUUUUGCUGAGCAAUUCAACAUGCACUAUCCAGAAUGCCACUGUAUAAAUUUUGGGUCUUGGUUCAUACUGGUGCUCCCCAUGACUGUGAUCAUUAUGGUUUUAUCUUGGGUCUGGCUGCAUAUCAUUUACUUUGGUUUCAACUUUUCAAAGGCACUUGAAUUUCGCAAAGAAAAAAGCAACAGAGAAAAGGCAUCAAUAAAAUUGAUUGAAGAGGCAUACAAGAAGCUUGGACCCAUGGGGUAUCCGGAGAUCGUUACCCUCACUAUAUUUUGCUUCAUGGCAAUUUUGUGGUUUACGCGCAAUCCUGGAUUUUUUCCUGGUUGGUUCAAUCUUUUUCCACAGUACAAAGGUUUUGCCACAGAUUCCACCGUGGCCCUCUUGCUAGGAAUUCUAUUUUUCAUCUUGCCUGCUGAGAAUCCUGCUUCAGUUUUAAAAAAGAGAGGGGAGAAGGAGUACACCACACUUAUUACUUGGAAAGAGUUCCAGUCGUGCAUGCCUUGGGAAAUAUCAUUACUUGUUGGUGGUGGCUUUGCCCUGGCAAAGGGUUCUGAGGUAUCUGGGCUUUCUUUAUGGGUGGGAAGCAAGCUGGAACCACUCGGCACCUUGCCAGUAUGGGUUAUUGUGCUGGUGUCCUGUUUGAUUGUAACAAGCGUCACAGAGGUUGCCAGCAACCCAGCCACCAUCACAAUCUUCCUUCCAAUUCUAGUUGCAUUGUCUGAAGCCACUCAUAUAAAUCCACUUUACUUAUUAAUACCCUCAACUCUUUGCACCUCAUUUGCAUUCCUCCUGCCAGUGUCCAAUCCUCCAAACGCUAUUGUCUUUGGAUAUGGCCAUCUCACUGUCAUGGAUAUGGUAAAAGCUGGAUUGGGUGUUAACAUAAUUGGCAUUGUAGUCGUGAUGAUUGCAAUAUCAACUUGGGCUAUUCCAUUAUUUGACCUCAAAACGUACCCUUCAUGGGCACAAGACCUCAGAAAUGCAACAAUUCCAUAGCACCUAAGAUGUCAUGAAUAGGCCAAACUUGACUGAGAAUCCUAUUGUUAUUAAUUUGAAUUAUGAAGACAAUUUCUUGUGGUGAGACUGUCAAAAGCAGCAAUUUAUACAAUAAGGAUUUCUGCUUGUUCAAUUCUGGACUGUGUUCCAACAAAAGACCCAAACUACAGCAUAGAAUGUAGUGAAAAUUAUAAAUGUAAUUCUGUAUCCAUUUACGAAGAUUGUAAGUACUUCACACUGUGCAAAAUUUCAUUUGAGAUGAAACUUCUAUUGAGGUUUUAUGAAUAUAUGAUUUACAAUUAAUUUUCUAUAUAUUCAACUUUUGAACAAAAGCUUUUUCCUGACUAUGUUAUGUUGCACCAUUUUUCUUGAGAUUCCACUGAAAUCUUACUUUUGGUGAAGCUACUUAUCUGAAGGAGCCACAAUUUGACUAGAUUUUUGUACUUUGUGCCAUUUUGAGGUAACCUAAGGUACUAUUAAAAUGCAAAUAUUUUCUUGCUUUUUGGUGGUUGUUGGUACAAUAUAUUGUGUUUUAAUAAACUGCAUUGGAAAGAACAUAAUUAGCAGAUUCACAUGUGCUUACACAAUGUUUUCACAAUAUUGUAUAUACUGGUGAAGAGUGACACUGCCAAGGGUUUCAACUGGUCCUUUUCUGGCCUGGGAAAUUAUGAAAGGCACCUCUUGUAUCUUCCUCAUUUCAAAUUACGUCAAUUGCCUUGAUUUACUUACUUCGUUUGGUCGCUUUGUGGCUCCUUGGGGCAGGUUUUGUCUGAAUUCCCUCACUCAAAACUAUCCCUCUUUUGUAAGUACAUUAGAAACAAUUAUAUCUGGAAUUUGCUCAUGGGCAAUGCUUAAACUAUUUACUAGGAUAUAAAUGAAAUUUAAAUAUCAUAGUGGCCUUUGAACUAAUGUUUGCAUUUUAUUUGUAUUCCAUUUCCUUCCUGAUAUAUUUUUUGUCAAUGUAAAUGUAACUAAGCACACGUGAGGAAAUUAUUAUUCUGUUUGUUUAGUAAGUUUUUAGAAGUCACUUCAAUCUCAACCUUCCAGUGGGAAUUAGACGGUACUUAUUUUCUGUUUACCAAACUUUUUCAUGAGAGAAAUGCAGACCUCAUUUGCAUGGCUGUUUGUUAUAGCAUUGUUCAUGACAGGGUAUCAAACAAAUUCUCUGCAUCAGUUUAAUGUUCCUGCUGCAGUAUUCAUUGAUGCGGCUACAGAUAGGAACUGUAGAAUUUUCUUCCGAAAAACUGUC